GUGACUGCAAAUGUCCUCUGUGCUACAGCAGGCCUGGCCAAGUGGGACCCAACAGAUCCUGCUCCCCCAGCGUGGCAGCAGCUGACGGGAGUGGCCACCCACACAUCGGUGCAGCACGCAACUGUGAUUCCUGAGACCAUGGCGGGCACCCAGCAGCUGGCCGACUGGAGGAACACGCAUGCCCACGGCAACCAUUACAAUCCCAUCAUGCAGCAGCCAGCGCUCCUGACUGGUCAUGUGACCCUUCCAGCAGCCCAACCCUUAAACGUGGGUGUAGCCCACGUGAUGCGGCAGCAGCCGACCAGCACCACCUCCUCCCGGAAGAGUAAGCAGCACCAGUCCUCUGCCAGAAACGUCUCCACCUGUGAGGUGUCUUCCUCUCAGGCCAUCAGCUCCCCUCAGCGGUCCAAGCGCGUCAAGGAGAACACGCCUCCCCGCUGCGCCCUGGUGCACAGCAGCCCGGCCUGCAGCUCCUCCGUCACAUGCGGCUGGGGUGACGGUGCCUCCAGCACCACCAGGGAGCGGCAGCGGCAGACCAUUGUCAUUCCCGACACCCCCAGCCCCACGGUCAGCGUCAUCACCAUCAGCAGCGACACAGAUGAGGAGGAGGAGCAAAAGCACGCCCCCACCAGCACUGUCUCCAAGCAGAGAAAAAACGUCAUCAGCUGUGUCACGGUCCACGACUCUCCCUACUCCGACUCCUCCAGCAACACCAGCCCCUACUCCGUGCAGCACCGCGCCGGGCACAGCGCCAGCACCUUCGACACCAAGGCCAGCCUGGAGAAGCCCUGCACCGGGAACCCCCGGACUAUCAUCGUGCCGCCCCUGAAAACCCAGGCCAGCGAAGUGUUGGUGGAAUGUGACAGCCUGGUGCCAGUCAACACCGGCCACCACUCGUCCUCCUACAAGUCCAAGUCCUCCAGCAACGUGACCUCCACCAGCGGUCACUCUUCAGGGAGCUCGUCGGGAGCCAUCGCCUACCGGCAGCAGCGGCCAGGCCCCCACUUCCAGCAGCAGCAGCCUCUCAAUCUCAGCCAGGCCCAGCAGCACAUCACCACCGACCGCGCCGGGAGCCACCGCCGGCAGCAGGCCUACAUCACCCCCACAAUGGCUCAGGCUCCGUACUCCUUCCCGCACAACAGCCCCAGCCACGGCACCGUGCACCCCCAUCUGGCCGCUGCGGCCGCCGCCGCCCACCUCCCCACCCAGCCCCACCUCUAUACCUACACGGCGCCCGCGGCCCUAGGCUCCACCGGCACCGUGGCCCACCUGGUGGCCUCCCAAGGCUCGGCGCGCCACACCAUGCAGCACACUGCCUACCCGGCCAGCAUCGUCCACCAGGUGCCCGUGAGCAUGGGGCCCCGCGUCCUGCCCUCGCCCACCAUCCACCCGAGUCAGUAUCCGGCCCAGUUUGCCCACCAGACCUACAUCAGCGCCUCUCCGGCCUCCACCGUCUACACUGGAUACCCACUGAGCCCCGCCAAGGUCAACCAGUACCCUUACAUAUAAACACUGGAGGGGGGAGUGGGGAGGCCGCGGGCAGGAGGGAGGAGGGACGAGGUGGGAGCUGGGCUUUUUAUACUGAAGACGCCGCACACAA